UGGGCGUUCAGCACCAUCGAGAUGAUCGAAUCGAUGUACGCCAUCAAAAACGGAACUUUCUAUCCCUUUAGCGUGCAGGAAAUGAUUGACUGUAUGCCAGGCAAUUUCGGAUGCCAGGGCGGUGACAUAUGUAGUCUGCUUUCGUGGCUACUGAUGUCGAAAACCGAAGUCAUUUCCGAGAACGUAUAUCCUCUCACACGGCGAGAUGACCAGUGCAGAUUAUCUAAGCUUUCUAUGAAGACUUCAGGUGUCAGGAUAAUGGAUUUCACAUGUGACAGCUUUGUGGAUGCGGAAGAUGAACUUCUGGCAUCACUCGCCACUCACGGACCCGUGGCAGUCGCGGUAAAUGCCAUAUCAUGGCAGAAUUAUUUAGGCGGCGUGAUACAGUAUCACUGUGACGGUUCAUUCAACAGUUUGAAUCACGCGGUACAGAUAGUGGGAUAUGAUCUGUCAGCGGCGAUACCACAUUAUAUCAUGAAAAACUCAUGGGGACCGACCUUCGGUGACAAAGGAUACCUUUAUAUCGCCGUCGGCAGCAAUUUAUGCGGCAUAGCCAAUCAAGUGUCGUCGGUUGAAGUUGGUUAAUAAAUCACGACUACUUACGACAUCAUCCGUUUCGGCGAGAAACAAAUCGAACAGCCAUGGAACAAAUGUAACGAUAAUGUGUAAUGUAUAUUUCAAUAUCUUCCUACAAAGUACAUUGUAAGCGAAAGUGUUGUAAAACUACGAGUCAAAAAAAGAUUGAUUACUUAUGUAAAAUAUGUCAUAUCUUUCGUGUCAUUAUUUGUAAUUUUUUUUUUUUUAAGAUAUCUAGCGUUGCGAUCGGCUAUUUUAAAAACUUAACGUUGGAACAUUUGCUUCAUUUGAAUCAUGCGAAUGUAUAUCUACUGUGACUGUCUGAUGUGUUACAGAAAUAAAAAUUGUCAAUUAAAGUUCUGUGAGA